GAGCAGCAGCGAGCCGAGCCGAACUAGAGCCAUGACCACGUGGAUGACGAUGUAAACAAACCCUGGCUGGCUCUUGGCUCUGCUGCACCUCACCACCACCACCACCACCUGCUGACACCACACCACCAUGGACCACUCCGACACAGUGCUGGGCUUCAAGGUGAUGGUCCUUAAGUUCAGCCAGGAGAGCAAGGUGGGUCACCAGCUGCUGUGGAAACAACACACAGUUCGCACCCACAGCGACGCCAAACCAGUCGGCCGCACCCUGUUUGUCAUCAAUGUGCCUCCGUACUGCAACCAGGAAUCACUCACACACCUGUUCUCGCAGUAUGGGGAGGUGACACAGGUGCACCUCCACAAACGCCCCUCCUCUCUCCCCGCCACAAAGCCAAAAUACCCACACUUCUCCAGCAAAGAGCUCAUUCUGGGGUUCAAGGUGGCCUAUGUGGUGUUCAAGCAAGGGGUGACGCUCAAGAAGGUUCUGGCACUCCCUGCUGGCACUGAGCUCAUCUUGUCCACCGAGAAGAGACCUGUCCUAACUGGAGUGAAGAAGUGGCAGCAAGAGUACAACGCCAGCUUUGUGACCCGCAAGACUCUAGCGGAGGAGGUGAAGGAGGUGAUGAAGGACUAUGAUGCCAAGAAGGAGAGGGAGAAGGCAGCAGGUCAACAGGAACCAGACAGUGAAGGAUGGGUGACUGUGACCUCAGAGAAGAAGAAGAAGCCACAUCUGGAGAAGGUGGAUGAGGUGAAGAAGAGGAAGGGAACCAAAAAGAAGAAACAACAAAAGCUCGUCAAUUUUUACUCCUUCCAGCAACGCCAAGCUAAAAUGGAUCAUCUUGCAGAGUUGAGGAAGAAAUUCGAGGAGGAUAAGAAGAGGAUAGCACAAAUGAGACACUCCAGAAAGUUCAGACCUUACUAGUUAAUCAAGAUCCGUGUAUAACUUCUUCAAAAUUGUGACCUUACUAGUAAAUAAAGAUCCGUGUGCAA